AUGAACUUUUCGCCACAGAAACGCGGGAACUUGGAGUCAAUCAGCCUGGUCACGCAACUUCUUUGCUUUAGUGCAAUUCCGCUUUUAGUCGCUAUACGAGCCUUUGCCAAAAAUAAGUUACAUCUCGCGUUCGGGGUGGAGGAUGCAUCAUGUUAUGCGGCGUUGGUACGAAAACGCGAGCCUGAUAGACUACUUUAUUACCAAAGCUCCCAAGCUCCUUCAAAGCAAUGUAUGCUGACCAACAAGAUAUUCUACAUAGCCACGAUGUUCUACGUCCCCAUGGUUCUUUUCGUCAAGACCUCCCUAAUAUAUAUCAUGAUCCGGGUGUGGAGUCCCUAUCAGGGAAAGGUAAUCGCCUUGUACAGUUUCCUGGGUUUCAUUAUCGCGUACUAUACUGUCAUCCUGUUUGUGAAAAUUUUUACUUGCAGCCCGAUUCACUUAUUCUGGGAUUUCAAUUAUCACGAUGGGACGUGUUUGAACCGGUCUGCAAUCAUCAUCACCGAUUCGCUUGUCAGUGUCAUCACCGAUCUCGCCAUACUCAUCUUUCCGAUCGUUUUGUCUUGGAAGCUGCAUAUGCCUAUUUCCAAGAAGCUACGUACCAUUGUCAUUCUCGGAUCAGGAGGUAUUGCCGUCGCUUUCAGUAUCAACCGAUUGGUGCUGGUCAUAUGUCAAAGAAAUAGCCCUGAUGACAUCGACGUGUUCAUGAGAGUUUUACUGUCCGAUAAUGCGGAAGGUGGACUAGGACUUAUUUGCGCAUGCAUGCCGUCCAUCAGCAGGCUUCUCCGUCACUACAAUGAAAUAUGGCGCAGGCAAAGGAGAGAACAGCAAUGCGAAAUUGAGCUUUGUGCAAGUCUCAAUCCCCGUCGAAAUUGUGAUCCCGAGGAGCCCCGUAUAUUUCCACAGAUUUCGCCAAGUACAUUGGGUGAAGAGCAUUGCACCUCCACAAUGAAGAAGUAA